GGCUAAGCAAGCACUAAUUUGGGACUAUAUAUAUGCACUUGAUAUAUUGAUAAAGCAAUUAAUCAUCCAUACAUUUUCAGUAUGGGUGAACUAGGUCCAUAUUUAGCAGUGUUUAUAAUACAAUUAAUAUAUUCAGGGAUGACUUUGUUGUCCAAGGCUGCGUUUAAUGGUGGAAUGAAAACCUCUGUUUUUGUAUUUUAUAGACAACUCAUUGGUGCCAUUAUUAUGCUCCCUUUGGCUUUUAUAUUUGAACGCAAACAAGCCGUGCCAGUGCCAUUCUCAUUUAUGACCGUGUUCAAGAUUUUUAUGCUUUCACUAUUUGGACUUACUUUGGCUUUGAAUGUGCAUGGUAUUGCCCUUUCUUACACGUCUGCUAUGUUGGCUGCUGCAAUUGUUAAUUGCCUCCCUGCCUCUACAUUCUUCUUUGCAGUUCUGCUAAGAGUGGAGAAGAUAAAUAUAAGGACAAAAUCUGGAAGUACAAAGAUAGGGAGUGUAUUAUUGUGUAUGGCUGGUGUAGCGACACUGGCAUUUUACAAGGGCCCCCAAAUAAGGAUUGUGCAUCAUCUCCUAUUUAGAUAUCAUCACAACAUUCAACAACAUGAAGAUCAAUUUUCAUCUGGACAAAAAUGGAUAUUGGGCUCUAUACUCCUGUUCUUAGCCACCAUCAUGUGGAGUCUUUGGAUUGUAAUUCAGGCACAGUUACUAAAAAAUUACCCUUCAAAGUUAACGUUCACAAGCAUUCAGAGUGUAUCAAGUGCAGUUCAGUCAUUUGGCAUUGCAAUAAUGUUUGAAAGAGAUAUUGAGCAGUGGAAAUUGGGUUGGAACAUGAGACUCGUAGCAGUAGUUUACUGUGGGGCACUGGUGACUGCGAUUGCAUACUACUUGCAAGCAUUGGUGAUUGAGAAGAGAGGACCAGUUUUCCCAGCAACAUGGAACCCACUAAGUUUUAUAAUUGCAACCAUUGGUUCUGUGUUGCUCUUAGGCGAGCCACUAUUUUUAGGGAGUGUUUUGGGUGGGAUUUUGCUGGUUUUAAGUCUGUACAGUGUUUUGUGGGCAAAAAGCAAAGAAGAAAUGCCUAAUCAAAAUUCUUUACCUAUACAACAAGCAUAUAAAGAAUGUGCAGAGGUGAAAACAGAGGAUGCAUGUAGCAAACCACCCUAAUGAGCAUUAGUUUUUAUUUUUCUUUUUUGGUUCCUAUUUUUAUUUAUUUUUCUUUGGAAGCUAAAGCUAGUAUAUACAUUAUCAAUAAGCGAAUACUUUUCUUUUUGUGCUCAUCUAUACUGUACAAGAAAUUCGUAAAAAAAAAUCUAUCAGUAUAUUAAAAAUUGUCUAAGACUAAA